AAAUUGACUACCAGCUGUAGUAUAAAAAAAUUUUGUGUGUGGUGGACGAAUUAGAAUUUUCCGUAUUAUAUAUCUGCUUACUUAUCCGCUUUCGUUUUUAAUCAAUCUUUUAAGGGCAAGUUUUAAGGAGAUUUUUGUUAUAAGCAUCUAUUAAACCGUGACCAAGUUGAGAUUACGUAUACAAAAAUAUAUGCGCAAUAAAUCAAGAUAUACAAUAUAAUGGAAGCGAUCGCUGGUCGUGACUCUGCAACUGAGAUUGUUGUAGUAAAUGAUGCACCCUCUGCAGAUGUAUUAGAUUCAGCACCAGUUCUCCGCCUACGGUUAAAAAAACCCAAACCGGACCGACAAGUUGCCUGGCGUGAAGGCACAGUGGAUAACGAAGAUAUGGGAAAGAAAAAAUCCAAGUGUUGCUGUAUAUAUAAAAAACCUUUAAAUUUCGGCGAAAGCUCUUCUUCAGACGAUGAGGAAUGUGAACACUGUUUUGGCCAUCCUGAAAAACGUCGAAAAAAUUUAAAUCAACAUAAAACUCAUGAACACAAAGACCUCGUAGGUGACGAUGGAAACCCAUCUUCUCAAUAGGCAGCCAUGCUUCAGCAAAACCCUUUUGACACUAUGAUAAGCAACUUGAAGUUUGUUGACAGUAUUGACAAAGUAAAGGUCUGCUUUAUGCCAUUGUUUCAUUCAAUUUGGUGAGAACACAGAAUUGAAUUAAAUAAUGAUUAUGCCGCUGAAGCACUCAUAUACUUAAAACCAUGAAACUUUAUUUUUUGUUUUUCUGUUUAAUGUUUGAGCUUAUAGGUAUGAGUGUACAGUGAGUAUUUAUGUAUCACGCAAAUGAAAUGAAAUUUGACACGCUUUUUGAUCGCUAGUUAGAGCUAAGUGCACUAAAUUUAACAUUUUAAAGUAAACGUUGGAUUAUUGUUUUUAUUUUGAUAAUUGUCUAAAUGUAAUACACUGGCCUUUUCAACAAAAAAGAUUGCUCUUUUUGGUAAACGUUAAAUUUUACAAUACGAUGCAUUCUUCGCACCUUCCCAUGCUGGGCAUAUCUCUCGCUUUCUUCAAUACUGUCAUAACUCAAGAACCCAAAAUUUCGAGAAAAUCUGCUUCAAAGUUUUCAAUUUACUGAUGCCUCCCUAAGUAAUAGUAAAUAUAUUUUUAUCACGAAGA